GGGAUGGUCCAUGGAAUUGGAAACAGGGAGUUGUGCACACCUUUCACUCAUGGAGAGGUAGAGAGAAUGAAUCUAUGCCCCCCAUCUGUUUGUUCAGUGAGUGGCCAAAUAAAAGGGUCCCACCAUAACAAAACAAUCCACCACAGCAUAAUAUCCCUCUCUACAACAAGAAAAAUAAAAAGGAAAUCAAACGAAAACAUAAUCGUCUGCCACAACACCACCAUCAAAGCAACAACACCUUCAGCACCACCAUCACCAAACCCUCUCACUCUGCUCCUCCAAUAAAUUAUUAUUGCACGCUCUGAACAAGUAAAACCCAAACCCCUCUAACCCUUUUUUAUUUUAUUUUAUUUAUCAUCAUCAUCAUCAUCAUCGUCGUCGUCGUAUAUAAUCUCUAUACUAAAGUCCAAACCCACAAACCUGGCUCCCAGAUAACGCUACAUUUAACUACUUAUUUCCCGUGCCAUUCUAUUAUCGUAUAAUAAUAAGAAUAUUAUUAUUUAAUAUCAUAGAGUCAUCUUGUUUAUAUUUGUUUUACUAUUAUAUGUUAUAUAUGCUUGCCGGCGAUGCCGACGCCGGUCAGCAUAGCGAGGCAAUGCUUGACGGACGAGGCGGCGCGUGCGCUCGACGACGCUGUGGCAGUUGCGCGCCGUCGCAGCCACGCGCAGACGACGUCGCUCCACGCCGUGUCCGCUCUGCUGGCGAUGCCGUCCUCCGCCCUCCGCGACGCGUGCGGCCGAGCACGCGGCGGCUCCGGCACAAGCGCAAACAGAUUCUCCUCCUCCUUCAAUCCCCGGCUUCAGUUCCGAGCCCUAGAGCUCUCCGUCGGCGUCUCCCUGGACCGGUUGCCGUCGUCGAAGAGCGCCGCCGAGGAGGAACCGCCGGUGUCGAACUCUCUCAUGGCCGCCAUAAAGCGGUCUCAGGCGAACCAGCGGCGGCACCCGGAGAACUUCCACGUGUUCCACCAGAGCCAGCAAGGAACGGCGUCGUUUUUGAAAGUGGAGCUUAAGCACUUCGUUUUGUCGAUUCUCGAUGACCCUAUCGUGAGCCGCGUUUUCGCUGAAGCCGGCUUUCGAAGCUGUGACAUCAAACUCGCGUUGCUUCAACCGCCGUUACUACCGGUUCAACCGUUUUUCCCGUCGCGAAACCGGUCACCGCCGGUUUUCAUCUGCAACCUCGAACCGGGUCGACCCGACGAGAAUUGCCGUAGGAUCGCGGAGGUUCUCGCCAGAAAAAGCAAACGCAACCCUUUGCUUAUGGGUGUUUACGCGAAGAGCGCUUUGAGGAGUUUCGUAGAGUUGGUGGAAAAGGGUCGCGGGGCUGCGUUGUUUUCUUCUGAGAUUUCGGGGUUAAGGAUUGUUUCGUUGGAGAAGGAGAUUUUGGAGUUUGUAAGGGAGGGUGGGUGCGGGGAAGAGAAGAUGGGUGUGAGGUUUGAGGAGUUGGAUGGUGAGGUGGAGCAAUGCUUGGGAUCUGGGGUUGUUGUUAGUUUCGGGGAGAUUGAGGUUUUGGUUGGGGAGGGUGUGAAUGCUGAUGCUGUUGGGUUUGUUGUUUCGAGGUUUACGAGGUUGUUGGAGAUCCAUGGUGGGAAGGUUUGGUUGCUGGGAGUGGCUGAAACUUCUCAUGUUUAUUCUAAGUUCUUGGGUUUGUUUCCCUCUGUGGAAAACGAUUUGGAUCUUCAUGUGCUGACCGUGACAUCUGCUACUGCGUCAAUGGAAGGACUCUACCCGAAAUCCAGCUUGAUGGGGUCCUUUGUUCCAUUCGGUGGGUUCUUUCCUACACCUUCUGAAAUAAAAAAUCCCAUAAAAUGUACAAAUGCGACUUUCACCCGAUGUGACAAAUGCAAUGAAAAAUAUGAACAAGAAGUUGCUGAUAUUCCGAAGGUAGGUUCUACAACUCUGGCAUCAAGUUACUCAACAAGCUUGCCUUGGUUACAAAAGGUUGUUGAUGUGGACGCACAUAGGAAGUUGGAUGUGGCAAAGACCAAUGAAGAAAACACAAAUUUGAAUGAUAAGAUCUUGGGAUUUCAAAAGAAAUGGAGUGAUAUUUGUCAGCAUCUUCAUCACCCCAGAUCGGUACCUGAAGUUGGUAUUUCACAAACAAUGUCUCAAGCUCCAACACUUGAGGUUUUACAGUUUGGAACAGGUGUCAAGGAAAGCAACAGUGAAGAUCCUUCACAUAAUGAAUUACAUGGUAUUUUUCCACCAAAACAGUUAUCAUCUGUUCCGUUACCUUCUGAUACAGUUAGUGUUAAUAUUGGAACUGAUCAUGUACCAAAAGUAUCAGACACUCCGCAAAUUGAUCUGAAGACCCCUUGGGUUGCCCCAUCCCAUAUGACCAAUAAGAGUGGGCUUGACCACAGAUCAUCUUCCUUCCAUCCUCUGGUGACCACAGAUUUAGGAUUGGGAACUUUAUAUACAUCAACUGCUCAGGAGCCAGAUACCUCAAAACUACAAUAUCAAAGAAAGCAUCUUCAGCUCUUGUCAGACUCCGUUUCAACUGAUUGUGAUGCAAAAAAUGAAAAUACUUCCCAUCAAAUUGAAAGAUCUCCCUACUGUGGUUCAAAUUUCGAAGGAAAAUUUGAUUCAGUAGAUUUCAAGUCUCUUUAUCAACUUCUAACUGAAAAGGUUGGCUGGCAAGAUCAAGCCAUACAGGCUAUCAGUCAAACUUUGGCCCUUCGUAAAUCUGGUGGAGGAAGGCGCACAGGCUCAAAUGGUAGGGCGGACAUAUGGUAUGCUUUCCUUGGACCUGAUAGACUUGGAAAAAAGAAAAUCGCUUCAGUUCUUGCAGAGACUCUAUUUGGAAACUCUGAAAGCAUAAUCUCUGUGGAUCUGGAUUUCCAGGACAGCUUUUACCCAUCAAACUCGAUUUUUGAAUGUCAUAAAUCAUAUUGUUCUGAUGUGCUUAGGAGGAAGACAGUUGUGGACUAUAUUGCUGGGGAGUUGAGUAAAAAACCUCAUUCCGUUGUCUUUCUUGAAAAUGUAGAUAAAGCUGAUUUUCUGGUGCAGAAUAGCUUGUUGCAGGCAAUAAGAACCAGUAAAUUUCAAGACUCGCGUGGAAGGAUAAUUAGCAUCAACAACACAAUCUUUCUUGUUACCUCAACUGUCUGUAAAGGUAAUGGCUCUUUUGUUUCGGAGGAGUCUAAUAAGAUGUUUCCUGAGGAAAGAAUCCUUGAAGCCAAAAGACGUCAAAUGCAAUUAUUAUUUGGACAUGCAUCUGAGAAUGCCAAAAGAAUUGGUAGCAGAAAUGUUAUAGUUAUACCGAGAAAAGGGAUUUCCAAAUCAUCAUUUCUGAAUAAAAGAAGGCAGGCUGAUAGUAGCGACUCCAUGGAGGGAGCAACAUGCAAGAUGCAGAAACAGGUCAGUGAUGCAUCGAGAUUAGGUCUGGAUCUAAAUAUGCCUGUAGAGGAGGGUGAAGAGGGCAUCAAUGACAACGACCAUGAAAGGGAAUCCACAGUGGAAACCUCAGAAGCAUGGUUUAACUAUUUCUGUGAUCAACUUGAUGAGAAAGUGGUUUUUAAGCCAUUGAGCUUUGAAGUACUUGCUGAGCAAGUAUUAAAAUGCAUUAGCAAACAAUUUCAAAGUACAUUUGGCUCAGAGUUUGUGCUGGAAAUUGAUUAUGAGGUAAUGACACAGAUACUAGCAGCUGCUUGGUUAUCAGACAAGAAAAAUGCAGUGGAGGAUUGGGUUGAACGUGUUCUUGGCAGAAGCUUCGUUGAAGCUCAGCAGAAAUACAACCCAGCUGCUCAUUAUGUAGUGAAACUGGUUAACUGUGAAUCCAUUUUUGUGGAAGAGCAAGCUCCUGGAGUAUGCCUUCCAGCUAGCAUUAACCUGGACUAAAUUUUUGCUUACUGUGUUAUUGUAUAGCUUUUAGGAUAUAGCAUUUGGUAGUUGGUAGGGGUGUUCAGAUAAUUAAUCUCACAAUUUUUGUUGUCUCAAUCAUCGUGUUGUGAUAUCUAUGGUAAAUGGAUGUGUAAUUUUCUAGAGUAUAGCUAUUUGGUACAACUUUUUUCCUUGUUCAUAAUUGUAGUCGACUGAUGUUAGUGUGCAAGUACAUACGAUGAUAUUUGUUCUGCUCAUGCACAUUUUUAACAUUUUCCCAUUCAACUCUGGCUCUACCAUUUUUUUGUGUAAAAUGUUGUCAGCGAGUGCCAUUUAUGUAUUGCAUUUAAUAUAGUUCUAGUAAAGGUAUUAU